AAUAUUAACCCUCUAAACUGAUUUCUCAUGCAGCCUUUGAUUACAACUAGAGGUGUUUUUGGUGGAAGGAUCUACUGUUUUUUUAAUAUGGGGGAAGAUACAAAGGCAACCAUUGAGCCAACCGCAAACAAGACUACUUCUCUUGAAAAGCCAUCAGAGGCUAUGGCUGGAAAAAAGGAGGAGGAGAAUGCUGAGGGAAAGGAAACACAAGAACUUACGAAAGAUGAGGAUAUUGCUGAACCAGAGAAAAUGGAGAUAGAUGCUGAGAUAAAGAAAGAUGAUGAAAGAGCUGUGACCGAAGAUAAGGAGUCAGAGGUUAAGAAAAAGGAAGACAAUGCUGAGACUCAAAAAAUUGAAGAUAAGGUUGAGGUCACCAAAGAUGAGGGACAAGCAGAGGCUACCAACAUGGAUGAAGAUGCAGAUGGAAAGAAAGAGCAAACUGGUGAUGGUAUUUCAGUGGAAGAUACCGUAAUGAAGGAAAACGUGGAAUCUAAAGACAAUAACAUUGCCAAAGAUGAUGAAAAGCAAGAGACAAAUACUACUGAGGCAGACCACAAAAAUGCUGGGAAGGAGGACAUAGAACAUGAAGGUGAAAAAGCAAAUGGAACAAAAGAUGGCAAUACAGGAGACAUCGAAGAGGAAGGGACACUGGUAGAUAAAGACAAAGGGGCAGACAAGGAUGAAAAAGUGGAGAAUGUUGAAGAAGGAAAGGAGAAGGAAGAUACGGAAGAAAAUAAAACAAAGGAAGUUGAGGGGGCAAAGGCUGAGGUGGAUGAGGCAAAGGUAGAAGAUGGAAAAGAAGGGAGUGAUGAUAAGAACAACAAUGAAAAAGUGGAGACCAAACAUGCUAAGGAAGAUGAGGAAGAAGAGAGAAAUGAUGACAAAGAAGAUGAAAAUGCAGAGAAGGAAGAUGAAAAAGAAGAGAGCAAGGGUUCUAAAAAGCGUGGGAAAGGCAAGACUUCUGGAGGAAAGGUUCGCGAGAGGACAAAAAACGAGGAAGUAAAAAAGGAAGCAGAGCCUAGGACUCCUUUCUCUGAUCGCCCUGUGCGUGAGCGGAAAUCUGUUGAGAGGCUUGUUGCAUUGAUUGAUAAAGACUCUUCGAAAGAAUUUCAUAUUGAAAAGGGGCGAGGUGCAUAUCUCAAAGAUAUUCCCAAUGUUGCUAACAAGGUAACAAGGAAGAAGCCUGAUGAAACUUUGAAGCUGCUGCACAUGAUUCUAUUUGGUGGGAGGAGAGGGAAGGCUGCUCAGAUCAAGACAAACAUAUUGGGCUUCUCUGGUUUCGUUUGGCAUGGAGAUGAGAAGAAGGCAAAAGAGAAAGUAAAAGAAAAGCUUGAAAAAUGCAUCAAAGAGAAACUGUGGGAGUUUUGUGAUGUGUUGGACGUACAUAUUACCAAGGCUACAACAAAGAAGGAAGAUAUUAUUACAAAACUGAUUGAGUUUUUGGAGAAACCUCAUGUGACAAGUGACACUGCAGUUUCUGAGAAAGAGAAGUCAAGUAAGGGAGCAAAACGCAAGAGAACUCCCAAGCAAAGUUCACCUACAGCUGGGAGUUCAUCCUCCAAACGAUCAGCAAAGAGCAAAAGAAAGUCUGAAGAAGCAACAAAAGGUGUCAAAAAGAGUUUAGCUCAUUCUGAUGAUGAGUCUGAAGAGGAGAAAGAAGAAGAAAAACAAGAGGAGGAGAAGGCAGAAGAGGAAGAAGAGAAUAAAGACGAGGAGAAUGAAAAUGGCAUUCCUGAUAAAUCUGAGGAUGAGGCACCUCAGCCUUCUGAAAGCGAGGAGAAAGAUGAAUCUGAGGAGCAUUCUGAAGAAGAAACUGCAAAGAAGAAACGUGGUUCUAGAUUGUCAGCUGGGAAGAAAGAAUCAGCAGGGAGAGCCAGAAACAAGAAAGCAGCAGUCGCUGCAAAAUCCAGUCCACCAGAGAAGGUUACACAGAAGCGAUCAUCAGCCAAACGAAAGAAGACUGAUGAUGACAGUGAUACAAGUCCAAAAGCCUCCUCUAAGAGGAAGAAGACUGAAAAACUUACCAAGGCCUCCCCGGCUUCUUCAAAAUCUGCAUCAAAAGAGAAGCCAGUAAAAAGGGCUGGAAAAGGGAAAGACACGCCGAGUGAUAAAGUGCUGAAAAAUGCUAUCGUUGAGAUCUUGAAAAGAGUGGACUUUAGCACGGCUACGUUCACGGACAUCCUUAAAGAACUUGCUAAGGAGUUCACAGAAGAUCUCACUCCAAGAAAGUCAUCUAUAAAGAUGAUAAUCCAAGAGGAGCUCACCAAAUUAGCAGAAGAGGAGGAGGAGGAGAAGAAAGAAGAGGAUGCAGAGAAGGAGGAAGCGGGAGGGUCUGGUGGUGGUGAGGAGGUGAAAGCCUGAACUCUUUUCUGAUCACAUCGCACAUAUUGAGUCUCUCUCUCACAGGUCGUGUUGCCUAAUGCCUAGUAGUCAUCUGGCAAAUGUGUAAGUUAAAUCUGUGGAUGUAAUAUUUUGUUGUUGGAGUCUGAACUGCGCAAAGCAGCUUUACUUUUGGUAGAGACAAGAGGAAGAAGCUGCAUAGCCAAAGGAUAGGUUGCUUGUAUGUCUAUAGCAUUUAACAUAAAAGCCUCCUUGGAUUGUCUUUGAUUUGUGAGGCUCCCUUUUCGAUACAUUCUCAAGCUUUCUGUAGUUUAUGUCUUUUGGUUUGAAGGAGGCCAAUGGUAAUAAAAGAAUAAUAUGAUU